AUGAGACAGGCCAGACCUGCUGCUGUUCCCUUCAAUGGUAGCACCAUCCCACAGGACACCAGAGCUGCUCUACGCGCAUGGUCGACUCUCCGCUUUGUGCGUGGCGGGCUGUUUACGGCUGAAGAAGCAAUGGACAUGGUUGACCAUUUCUACACUUACCAAGCGCCAUUUUCCCCAGCUGCCCCCGAGUAUUAUGGACAUCAUAGCAAGCAUCAUCUCCUCAUUGAGGAAGAGCCCAUUCUGACCAUAACAAUAUUGAUGAUUGGUUCUCGAUACCGAAAGUGGACUGGGCCAGCAGCGACAUCGAGGUCCUGUGUCAUUCAUGACCGACUCUGGAGGUAUCUGCAAGGCAUGAUUUCGCGUCUCUUCUGGUUUGAAGACAACUUUGUUGGCGAGUUCACCUCACUGAGUGAUCCGUCGAGUAGCAUGCAGAAAAGAGGCCAAGAGCCCGUGCGAUCCAUCCGGUUUCGUACCUUGGGCACUUGCGAAGCUCUCUUGUUGGUUCUGGACUGGCAUCCCAGGGCCCUUCACUUCCCGCCGAUUGAUGAUGAUACAACCUCUAUUGUAAUUGCGGAACCACCAAGCACCCGGGAUUCCAGCGUGUCAAGUGGAGAGUACGAGACGGGGGCAGGACAUCUGUGGCUGGCUCGCUCUGGCCAUUUAUGUCGUUCGAUGCUCUCCACCGUGUCCAUGCUUGCAACAGAACUCGGAUUUUUCGACGGGAAAGAGGGACCUUCGACUUACUAUUCUGAGUACCGGGAUGACUUAUUCCGAGCUCCAUCGACCCGUCAACGGGCGCAAUCCUUGCAGUAUUUGAUCUGGAUAUAUGCUACGCAGCAACAGACAGGACCGCCGAGCUGGAGAAUCAGCACACCAACACCUUCCACACUCCGGGUUGAAGCUCACUUGGAUAACACGACCGAGUGCUGGGUCCGUGUGGCGACGCUGGUUAAAAGAGCUGAUGAAGCACUAUUCAGGUCUCAACGUUAUACCCAGAAGAUUAUCAGGAGCGGCCAGUAUAUCUCAGUCAUGCAGUCAUUCCAACCGCUGCUGCAAGAGUUCAUCAUCAAGUUCAAUCAUGCAAAAUUGUCCAGACAAAUGAGACUGAUAUUAUCAAUCGAGUUCAACUACAUUCAGUUGUGCAUCUUCAGUCUGAGUCUGCAAGCGAUGAUGCUGCGAAGAUGCCAAAACGAGACUGGUGAAACCCGAUCCGAUCACGGUACUCUCCAGACUCCCAACACGGACGAAGACCAUCUGAGUCAAACAGCAAGAGCAGCUCGACGUAUCGUCUCUGUAGUGGUCGAUGAUCUUCUUCCUGAUGGGGAUGUAAAGCACAUACCUGUCCGCUCAUACUCGAGAAUUCUGGGAGCAGCAUUGGUACUCCUUCAGAUAUGCGCGUCAGAGAUGAAACAUGUUCUUGACGUCUCUGCGACUUUCAGCCAGAUCAAGGAACUCGCAGGCGCUCUCGAGACUUGCGUUGUUGACGAUACACACCUUAGCGCUCGGUGGGGCAUACUUCUAGCUAGAUUGACGGACAGCUUUCAGUCGCGGCUUUCUCAACAACAGGCUAGGCUGUCCGAGUCUCAGACGGUUGAGUUGAAUGCCAAUCGAAUGGAAUCCUCGGAAGUGCCUGAGGUUCCUGAAAUGUCGGUUCGGGCAUCGAGCAUGGGUGGCCGCACACAUCACCAAGGCCAACCAGAUCCCGCUUUCAAUCUUCGGGCCAAUGCGAAUGGGAUAGGUGCCGUGUUACAAGCACCCAACUUCGAUGUAUAUUCCAUGUGGUGGGAUAUCACGCGUCCUGUUGAUGCUAUGACGGCGGACCAGACCAUGCGAUACGUGCCCAUUAGUUCAGUGGAAACCGAUAUGUCUCUACAAGAUGUAUCUUUGGGCAACGGCCAUGAUAAUCAAUUCAAUUUUGCAACGAGUAUAUUCUAG